AUGGAAGACGUUACAAGCAACGAAGAAACAAGUAUCGGUAGAAUUUCAAGCAAUGAAGAAACAAGUAUAAAUAGAAUUUCAAGUGACCCUGUUUUACUUAGCGAUACAGAAUCUACACAAUCUGAACUAAAUAGCUCCAUAAAGUACUGUUCUGUAUCAUGGGCUCGAGGAAGAGCUCAGGACAUGAAGUCCCAUCUAGCAUUGAAAUGUAAAGGAAAAGUACCCAAAGAAGUUCGACUUAAAAUACUCCAGGACAUUCAAAGUAAGGAUGAGCAUGUGCAAUCUGGAACAUCCACAUUAAAAAAAAGAAAAUCAAAUAAUUCCAUAUUACCUCUUGAUGCUUACUACAACCCAAAAGAAGCCAUCGAUGAAGCUAAAGAAACCAGAGCAAACAAAGCACUAAUUAAAUAG